AUGUUAAUGUUUGACAAGUAGGAAGAAGGGCCUCGGCUGCCAUAUCUCUCAGUCUUAAGACAACACUACCGCACUCUUUCAGUUCUGCUUCCACUCGAGACUUUGUUUGCUGCGGUUGUGAAGGAAUUACAUUUUCAAAUCCGAGGGAGAAAGACAGAAAGAGACCAUGGAGGUGCUGGUGCUGCUCGACUUCGAGGGCAACAUGGGAGACGAGAUCGCGGUGAGAACGGGGGAUGUGGUGAAAAACGUCACCAAGGCCAGCGAGGAGGGAUGGCUGGAGGGGGAGCUGAGAGGAAAGAGAGGCAUCUUCCCUGCUCUCUUUGCCAAGGAGGUGCCAGUGUCUUUGCUAGGCAACAGCCAGAGGGAACCGCGAAGCAUUAGAAAAACGAAGAGGAAGAAACAGACAAGGAAAUGCGAGGUGGCGUUCGCCUACUGCGCCUUGAAUGAAGACGAGCUGCAGCUGGUUAUUGGGGAGACGAUAGAGAUCAUCAAAGAGAUUGAAGAUGGAUGGUGGAUGGGGGUGAAGGACGGCAAAGUGGGAGCGUUUCCGUCAAACUUUGUCAAAGAAAUCUUCGUUAAAGAUGCCAAGCACAAUGAGGGCAAGACAAGACCCAAGCUCACUGACGCAUUGUUCAACAUGGAGAUAUCCCAAAGGGCAAGUGUGAGGAACAAAGCGACAAACGUGUCGGAGAGUUGCCAAGUCAUGUUUGACUACAAGGCCAUAACGGAGGAUGAGCUGGAGCUGAAGAAAGGAGACGUCGUGGCGAUACUGAACAAGGAAACAGAAGAUGAAGGCUGGUGGGAGGGAGAGCUAAACGGACGCUGUGGCUGCUUUCCUGAUAACUUUGUCAUGGUGAUACCACCCAUGGGAAGUCUGCAAUCUGGGACCACGAACCAACCGCCUGCACGCACCAUCAACAAGAAACUCUCAGGGAAGACAGAGGCUUCAGCGAUGGAUACAAGUUGUCUAACAAAGACAAAAGAUGAUAAACCAGAGAUGAAGGACCUGAGAAGCAAUCCUCCAACCAAAGUCAAGCUGCCGUCCCUCAACAAGCCCAGCCCGCCUCCGAUCAAAGACAAACCCAACAAGGUUUUAUCCAAAACCAACGGGGAUGUGGCUCCGGUUUCACAACUGGAAGAGAAAGAGAACGACCAGUUUGACGGAGUGGAUGUGCAGACCGAGAAGCUCUGCCAUCCUACAGCAAACAGAGCCAAACCCCCCCAGAGGAGACCCCCGUCAGGCCUGGUCACAGCAGCACAAGGUACAGAAAACCUUCUGCCAUCGCCUGCAAAGCCGGAUCAUCGACCCAAGACGCCGCCUCCUCCGCUUCGACCGGCUCCACCCAGAGUCGCCGUGGAUGGCAGAACAGUGACUCAGAAAGAAGAGCCGACUGCGGUGGGCCUGCAGGCGGAGAUCAGAGAGCUGAGGAUGUCUCUGGAGCUGCUACAGACACGACACGACCGAGACAUUCAGGAAGUGAAAGAAGAACUGAGGGAGGAGAGAAACAAACGAGUGGCACUGCAGGAGGAAGUACACAGUUUGAGGAUGAAGCAUUAAUCUCAACAGACUGGGAAUGUGAACAUUUUUCUGACAUGAAAUGAGAAUGGAGAAGACAAGCAAGACAAACCAAUGAGGGCUAAAUUAGAAAGUUUAGUUGGACAGAAGAUUAAGUUAAUCCUGCUUUGGACCGGAGAAACUUGAUCCAUGAAAAGACUUUUAAAAUGAUGUAUUGUUAAAGGUUUUUUUUUACAUAUUUUAAUGCUGGAAAUCACAAAUGUUGGUCUUAAGUGGGUUACAAAUGAAUGUUUUACACUGUUCUGUUUCAACUGUCAUCUUUAUUACUGUACUUUUAACAUUUGCAUACUUCAUCAGAAUAUAUAAUAUAUGCAGCUAUACAUAGGAGGAACUAUUGUGAUGUUUUCUUUGUUGCAAAGACCUCAAAUAUAAUUUUAAAAAGUCAUCCAAAGGCUUUGUUACUUGAAUGUUAAUAAUACCUGAAGUACAACUGUGAAAAACAUGAAUGUAAUGCUGCAUUCAUCCACCAGGGGGCACUGUACGACUAUUCCACAUAAAAGAAAAAAGGAUAAAACUUGUUUUGGUGAAAGCUGGAUUUGGUGACCAGGGAAAAGUGACCUUGCAUUAGAAAACUAGAAAAAUGUUAAUAAAUAGUGCUUUUACGAAA